GAAAUGUGACAUGGGGCAGAGCAGCGCCAGACAGCAGCCCCGACACCAGGAAUCCGCGCUCCCAGUCUGAAGCUCCACCGUUGGGGGGAGGAUACGGCGACGGCGACAUGACCGGACACGGCACGGUUCCUUUGGUGCCCACACUGGUCCAGUCUGAAGCCAUGGAGUAGCCCUGCCCUGGUGAGACGGAGCAGCGGUCUUCAGAUGGAACCACCACAACUCUCGGAUCAAAUACAGAAAAUGAGAACGUGAAGGCUGGCAUCCACAAAGGCCUCCGCUGCGCCCUGGCCAGCGCUCACACAUGGUCACAUGACACAUGGUCACAUGACUCAUGGUCACAUGACUCAUGACCACAUGACCCUGGACAUGGACGCGGUCCUGUCAGACUUCGUCCGGUCCACAGGGGCGGAGCCAGGUCUGGCCAGAGACCUGCUGGAGGGUAAAAACUGGGACCUCAGUGCUGCUCUGAACGACUACGAGGAGCUCAGGCAGGUCCACACCGCCAACCUGCCGCAGGCCUUCAACGAGGGACGCUACUACAAGCCCCCCCAGGCAAGCCGGGACACGCCCACCCACAACAGCAAGAGCGAGCGCAGCGCCACCCACAAGCAGGACGACAGCGCACAAGAGAAGCGCCUGUCCCGGGGCAUCUCCCACGCCAGCUCGGCCAUCGUGUCCCUGGCUCGCCUGCAGGUGGCGUCGGAGUGCACCAGCGAGCAGUUCCCCCUGGAGAUGCCCAUCUACACGUUUCAGCUGCCCGACCUCAGCGUCUACAGCGAGGACUUCCGCAGCUUCAUCGAGAGGGACCUGAUCGAGCAGUCCACCAUGAUGGCCCUGGAGCAAGCAGGUCGUUUGAACUGGUGGUCGACGAUGUGCACGAGCUGUAAGAAGCUGCUCCCUCUGGCCACGACAGGAGACGGGAACUGCCUUUUACACGCCGCCUCUCUGGGGAUGUGGGGCUUCCACGACAGGGACCUGAUGCUGAGGAAGUCUCUGUACACGAUGAUGAAGAGCGGCGCCGAGAGGGACGCGCUGAAGAGGAGGUGGAGGUGGCAGCAGACGCAGCAGAACAAAGAGUCGGGGCUGGUGUACACCGAGGAGGAGUGGGAGAGAGAGUGGAACGAGUUACUGAAGCUGGCCUCCAGUGAGCCACGCACCCACCUCAGCAAGAACGGAAACACCAGCGGAGGGGUGGAUAACUCCGAGGACCCGGUGUACGAGAGCCUGGAGGAGUUCCACGUGUUUGUUCUGGCUCAUGUUCUGCGCAGACCCAUCGUGGUGGUGGCAGAUACGAUGCUCCGAGACUCAGGAGGAGAAGCGUUCGCUCCCAUCCCGUUCGGAGGCCUGUACCUGCCUCUGGAGGUUCCCCCGAGUCGCUGCCACUGCUCCCCCCUGGUCCUGGCCUACGACCAGGCUCACUUCUCCGCCCUGGUGUCCAUGGAGCAGAGGGACCAGCAGAGAGAACAAGCUGUUAUUCCCCUGACCGACUCCGAACACAAGCUGCUGGCGCUCCACUUCGCCGUUGACCCUGGGAAAGACUGGGAGUGGGGGAGGGACGACAACGACAACGCCAAGCUCGCCAAACUGAUCCUGUCUCUGGAAGCCAAACUGAACCUGCUGCACAACUACAUGAAUGUAACGUGGAUCCGGAUCCCGUCGGAGACCAGGGCGCCUUUAGCCCAGCCGGAGUCUCCCACCGCCUCUGCCGGGGAGGACGUCCAGUCUCUGGCCGAGUCCAUGGAGUCGGACCGAGAGUCUGUGGGCAGCAACUCCAACAUCAACAUCAAACCCACCAAAGAGAAAGAGAAACAGCGCAAAGACAAAGAGAAGAGCCGCUCCGACUCCGUGGCCAACAAACUGGGAAGCUUCAGCAAAACUCUGGGGAUCAAACUGAAGAAGAACAUGGGAGGACUGGGCGGACUGGUGCACGGGAAAAUGAACAAAUCCAGCUUAUCCUCAGGUCGCAACGGUGAGAACGGAGCAGAGAAGACGUCGAAGAAAAAGGAGUCCAAGACGAGUAAAGGGAGUAAGGAUGAGUCCGGACACUCGGCCAGCUCCACGUCAUCGGAAAAGGCCACGAGUCCCUCCCCGACGGACCGCCCCUCGAGCUCCUCCCCCACGGACAGACAGGACAGUUCCGGGCGGAGCUCCGGCGACAAGAGCCUGGACAACUGGAAGUACAGCACGGACGUCAAGCUGAGUCUGAACAUCCUCCGGGCGGCGAUGCAAGGCGAGCGAAAAUUCAUCUUCGCCGCGCUGCUCCUCACCAGUCACCGCCAUCAGUUCCACGAGGAAAUGAUCAGCUACUACCUGAGCAACGCCCAAGAACGCUUCAGCCAGGAGCAGGAGCAGAAACGGAAGGAGGCGGAGAGGAAGCCGCCGCAGCCGCCGCCGCAGGUCGCCAACGAAACGGCGAGCAAGAAGGUAGAACAUGAGAGUGUCUUCCAGAGGGACAGGUCGGACAGCUCGCCCCCGCAGAGCUGCUCCCCGGUCCUGCCUCAUAACGCUUUCCACCCGCAACCCGCUAUAGCGCUAAAGACCCAAAACCAGGGCCGAAACAGUCCGACCCUUUCCUCACUAACCCCCGUGCCGCCCUUAACCCCGCCCGCCGCGCCCCACCACGCCGCCGCGCACCCGACCCUACCCGCCUUGCCGUACUCCUCGCCAAGUAUCGGUGCUAGAAAACAAGUCCCCAUCCCGGUUUCCGCUCACUACAGCCACACCCCGCCCAUCCAGAGACACAGCGUCAUCCAUUUACAAGAUGUCAACCUGCAAUCGCCCCUCUUCCACGACGAGCCCUACAACAAGCCGCUGGUGGGGACGCUCAAAACCUGCGCCACAUAUCCUCAGCAGAACCGCUCGCUGUCAUCCCAAAGCUACAGCCCGGCGCGACUGUCCGGGGUGCGCACUGUUAACGCCAUGGAGACGCUCUCGUACGGGCUGUCCCACACGUACACCAACGGGUUCGACGCCGGGGACAUACAGGACUGUCUGGAGUUCGCCGACGACGACAACACUUCCCACACCUGGCUCAACCAAGACAAAGGGAAGGGUCGCGGCAACGGGAGCCCCCUACCAAGAGUUUGUUUUCAUACCUGACAGUUUCGAGUUCCGUAGGAAGACCACGCCAGAACCUGUUUAAAUCAGCUGACCGGACACAUCACAGCAACAUCACGUGACCGCUCUAGGUCUGAAAAAAGAACCUCAUAACAUAAAGUAACGGAAGACCAAAUGAACCUCGUUGGAUUUGUCACCUACUAAUCUAAUCUAAAAUAAAAUAAAGAUAAAAUAACCUUGAAAUAAGACUUAAGGCCGCCACACACUACAGGAGAAUUUGCCCGAUUUUGUGUCUUUGUGUGUGAUUUUAAAGUUGCUGCGCUCAUUUGUCAGAUUGUAACCACUAAAUAUCAACAACUCUACGAUAACAGCCGAUAAAACAGAGCGUCAGGGUUAGACGGAGACUCAACUCUCGUAAAGUUGUAAAUUUAUACUUCAGCAUCUCAUCUACUUUGUCCAUAGAAAUUGUCCUCUGCAAAUAAUGACCCCCAGUUCACAAAACCGUGCUGUUAAUCCAGUUCGACUCGUUCUUUAAAAGUAAAAAGGCCGGAGUAGUUCCUCACGUGUGUCUGUUUAUCCACACAGCGCACGGAUCGAGCUGAAGCUGCAGAUUCGCGAUAGUGAGUCAACUUCCUGUGGACUUUAUCUCCAGUCUUUUAUGCUUUAAACAUGGAUCUAUUAAAACAGGCAUGUCCAAACUAUGGCCCGUGGGCCAAAUGCGGCCCUCAGACAAUUUUUUCUUGGCCCUCAGGCUUCCAGGUGAAUUGGCCCAAAUUACCUUGCAUCAAUUAAACAUUUAGUUUUUACUGCAAGUUUUUUGAAAAUCUACCUUGAUAAAGCUAAUGUUUAAUAUUUAGUGUGUGGUUUAAAGGAUCUUAGCGUGAUUAAAGUCUGAUGGCUCAUUCUAACGUGUUAAACCUGCACAUAUUUCAAUUAUUCACUGUAUUGAGUAUCAGUCUACAGCCACUCAACCAGCCCUCUGCUUCAUCUGUGUUUAGAUAUGUGGCCAUUGAUGAAAAAAGUUUGGACACCCCUGUAUUAAAAUAAGUGGAGGGUGUUGCUGCUUGUAGCUGCCUCCAGUUGACGUAGUGACACUCACUGGAGAGAGGAUUUUUCUCAUAGAGGCAAUGUAAUCACAAACCGCUCGGCGAUUUUUACCUAUUUUUAAGAUGAUAAACUUUUUCUCAGCUCAAAAUCCUUCAGUUGUCUUUAAAACUCCACUCUGCUUCACUCCUGUC